AUGCUCCAGUCUCUCCUGCUACUGUGCUACAGUCUCUUCUGCUACUGUGCUAUAGUCUCUUCUGCUACUGUGCUACAGUCUCUCCUGCUACUGUGCUAUAGUCUCUUCUGCUACUGUGCUACAGUCUCUCCUGCUACUGUGCUACAGUCUCUCCUGCUACUGUGCUACAGUCUCUCCUGCUACUGUGCUAUAGUCUCUUCUGCUACUGUGCUACAGUCUCUCCUGCUACUGUGCUACAGUCUCUUCUGCUACUGUGCUAUAGUCUCUCCUGCUACUGUGCCACAGUCUCUUCUGCUACUGUGCUACAGUCUCUCCUGCUACUGUGCUACAGUCUCUCCUGCUACUGUGCUACAGUCUCUCCUGCUACUGUGCUACAGUCUCUUCUGCUACUGUGCUACAGUCUCUCCUGCUACUUCUCUCCUGCUACUGUGCUACAGUCUCUCCUGCUACUGUGCUACAGUCUCUCCUGCUACUGUGCUACAGUCUCUCCUGCUACUGUGCUAUAGUCUCUCCUGCUACUGUGCUACAGUCUCUUCUGCUACUGUGCUACAGUCUCUCCUGCUACUGUGCUACAGUCUCUCCUGCUACUGUGCUAUAGUCUCUCCUGCUACUGUGCUACAGUCUCUCCUGCUACUGUGCUAUAGUCUCUCCUGCUACUGUGCUAUAGUCUCUUCUGCUACUGUGCUACAGUCUCUUCUGCUACUGUGCUAUAGUCUCUUCUGCUGCUGUGCUACAGUCUCUCCUGCUACUGUGCUACAGUCUCUUCUGCUACUGUGCUAUAGUCUCUUCUGCUGCUGUGCUACAGUCUCUUCUGCUACUGUGCUACAGUCUCUCCUGUUAUUGUGCUACAGUCUCUUCUGCUACUGUGUCACAGCCUCUCCUGCUACUGUGCUACAGCCUCUUCUGCUACUGUGCUAUAGUCUCUUCUGCUGCUCUGCUACAGUCUCUUCUGCUACUGAGCUACAGUCUCUCCUGCUACAGUGCUACAGUCUCUCCUGCUACUGUGUCACAGCCUCUCCUGCUACUGUGCUACAGCCUCUUCUGCUACUGUGCUAUAGUCUCUUCUGCUGCUGUGCUACAGUCUCUCCUGUUACUGUGCUACAGCCUCUCCUGCUACUAUGCUCCAGUCUCUCCUGCUACUGUGUCACAGCCUCUCCUGCUACUGUGCUACAGUCUCUUCUGCUGCUCUGCUACAGUCUCUUCUGCUACUGUGCUACAGCCUCUCCUGCUACUAUGCUCCAGUCUCUCCUGCUACUGUGCUCCAGUCUCUCCUGCUACUGUGCUACAGUCUCUCCUGCUACUAUGCUCCAGUCUUUCCUGCUACUGUGCUACAGCCUCUCCUGCUACUGUGCUACAGUCUCUCCUGCUACUGUGCUACAGCCUGUCCUGCUACUGUGCUACAGUCUCUCCUGCUACUGUGUCACAGCCUCUCCUGCUACUGUGUCACAGCCUCUCCUGCUACUGUGCUACAGCCUCUUCUGCUACUGUGCUAUAGUCUCUUCUGCUGCUCUGCUACAGUCUCUUCUGCUACUGUGCUACAGUCUCUUCUGCUGCUCUGCUACAGUCUCUUCUGCUACUGUGCUACAGCCUCUCCUGCUACUAUGCUCCAGUCUCUCCUGCUACUGUGCUCCAGUCUCUCCUGCUACUGUGCUACAUUCUCUCCUGCUACUAUGCUCCAGUCUCUCCUGCUACUGUGCUACAGCCUCUCCUGCUACUGUGCUACAGUCUCUCCUGCUACUGUGCUACAGCCUGUCCUGCUACUGUGCUACAGUCUCUCCUGCUACUGUGCUACAGUCUGUCCAGGUAUUGUGCUACAACCACUCCAGCUACUAUGCUACAACCUCUCCUUCUACAGUAUCUCCUGCUACUGUGCUACAGCCUCUCCUGCUACUGUGUUACAGCCUCUCCUGCUACUGUGCUACAGAGACAAGAUAA